CNNNGCCCGGGGCGCUCGGCCGGCCGCGGCAGCGGGGCUGUCGCUGCCGGGGCGGGCCGGGGCGGGCCAGACCUCCCCUGCCUGGCCUCCGUACCGGCGGCCUCGGCCUUAGAGGGGUUCUCAGUUUGGCAGAGCGCAAACCCUCUCCACGCACCCCGGUGCGGAGGCGCCUACCGAAAGCUGAGUAGAUGAGAUCAUUUCACACUCUUCUUUUGGAAGAGGUGGUCAGAGGAAAUGGAUAGCUAUUCAGACUUCACUGCAAAGAACCUCUCAUCUUCAGCUAAUAUGUCUCUUUCUUUGCCUGGACAAGCUGGACUCAAUACCACUGGCAGUCCCCCUUCUAUGUCAAUAAGCAGGCUUUUCCCAGCCCUGUUGGAAUGCUUUGGAAUAAUUCUUUGUGGCUACAUAGCUGGAAGAGCCAACAUUAUCACAUCAACUCAGGCCAAAGGACUGGGAAAUUUCGUGUCCCGUUUUGCACUCCCGGCAUUACUGUUCAAAAACAUGGUGGUACUUAAUUUUUCUAAUGUGAAUUGGUCCUUCCUGUACAGUGUUUUAGUUGCCAAAGCUGCUGUGUUUUUUUUAGUCUGUGUUUUAACAUUGUUAGUAGCCAGUCCUGAGAACAGAUUUAGCAAAGCAGGCUUGUUCCCUAUUUUUGCUACACAAAGCAAUGACUUUGCGCUGGGAUAUCCAAUAGUUGAAGCUUUAUAUCAAACCACUUACCCAGAGUAUCUCCAGUACAUUUACCUAGUGGCUCCAAUAUCUCUUAUGAUGCUAAACCCCUUGGGGUUUAUCUUCUGUGAAAUCCAGAAGUGGAGGAAUAAUCGCACUGUGUCACAGAGCAAAAUCAAAAUAGUGGGCCUAGCACUCCUUCGAGUUUUGCAGAACCCAAUUGUAUUCAUGGUCUUCAUAGGAAUUGCCUCAAACUUUAUUCUUGGCCAGAAAAUUCCUGAAUACCUUGAAAACUUCCUUGAUGGACUGGGCAGUUCAUUUUCUGGCUCUGCACUUUUUUACCUUGGACUGACUAUGGUGGGACAAACCAAAAAACUGACAAAGGGUAUGUUUGUUGCACUGAUCCUUCUCAUCACAGCUAAACUGCUCAUGAUGCCAUUUCUCUGUAGAGAGAUGGUGGAGCUCUUGGACAAGAGUGACAACGUGGUCAAUCACACCAGUUUAUCAAACUAUGCAUUUCUUUAUGGAGUUUUUCCAGCAGCACCUGGUGUCGCAAUAUUCGCAAGUCAAUUCAACAUGGAAGUAGGAAUUAUUACCUCUGGCAUGGUGAUAAGCACGUUUGUGUCUGCCCCCAUCAUGUAUGUUUCUGCAUGGCUGCUGACCAUCCCCUCCAUGGACCCCAACCCCCUGGCAGCUGCUCUCCAGAACGUCAGCUUUGACAUCAGCAUCGUCAGCCUCAUCUCUCUGACCUGGUCUCUUACUGUUGUUGUUCUGAGUAAGAAAUACAAACAGAUUCCUCAUAUGAUUACAACAAAUCUACUUGUUGCUCAGUUUAUUGCUUGCAUUGGAAUGGUGGCAUGGAAUUUCACUGUUAAAGAGAAAGACAUCACCAUCCAGAUCCUCGUAUUCAUAUUCCUCUACAGCUCACUUUACAGCACCUACCUAUGGACAGGUUUUCUAUCUUUUUCUCUGUUUCUGUUGAAGAAGAGAGAAACAAUAAAGAUUCCCAUUGGGUUUAUCAUCAUAGCUGGAUGGGGAGUCCCAACAGUUCUGGUGGGAAUCUUAUUAAUUGUUGGUGAACGUAACAACACUAGUAUUGACUCUGCCUUUUUCUAUGGAAAACAUCAGAUAAUUACCACAGCAGUGGUACUGUUCAUCAGUAUAUUGCUGUCAGGUAUCUCACUGAUGUGCAUGAACAGAAGUAGGCAAGGGUCCAGCUAUGGGGUGUUGAACCCAUACUCACCACGUAGCUCAAUGGAGGAGGUUGAAGUGGAAGGGAGUGGGCAGAACAUUUCAGCCACUAUGACUCAGUCUUCUCCAGAAUCUUCUGCACAAUCUUCUCCAGAAUCUUCUGCACAGUCUUCUCCAAGUCCUUCUGCACAGACAUCUGCAGAAAAAGGUUGCUGUUCUUGUCAAACAACAAAUGGUGAAUUAUCCUGUGCUAAAGACAGCAAAGCAGUGUCAAAUGCUGUUGAAAGCAAGAUUCCUCCAAUUGAGACAGUGGAUCAGUGUGUGAGUCACUGCAGUGCUCAAACGUGUGUGUUGGCUCAGGAAGAACAGCUUCUACAGACUGGAGACAAACAGCUGGCCAGACAUGUGCUGCUGUGCUUACUUCUUAUUGUUGGCCUAUUUGCUAAUCUCUCCAGUUGCUUGUGGUGGCUGUUCAACCAAGAGCCUGGAAGGCUGUAUGUGGAACUGCAGUUCUUCUGUGCUGUGUUUAAUUUUGGUCAGGGCUUCAUUUGCUUUGGUAUUUUUGGCUUAGAUAAGCAUUUAAUCAUUCUGCCAUUCAAGCGAAGACUUGAGUUUUUCUGGGGUGGAAGAGAAGCAGCAGGGCACACAGAUGCCUCUGUACCUGAGGAAAUCAGAAUGACCUGUCAACAGUUUGUUCGUUAUCAUAGAGAUCACUGUGUCAAAAGUAUUGUCAAAGGCAGAAGGUGUGGUGCAAAGAUCUCCACUGGCAUCUUCUUUGGCUGUGACCUGGUGAACUGGCUCAUGCAAGUUGGCCUUGCCUCUGACCGUGGGGAAGCUGUGGUCUAUGGGGACAGGCUGCUGAAAGGAGGCGUCGUGCAGCACAUCACCAACGAGUUUGAGUUUCGCGACGAGUACUUGUACUACCGCUUCAUCGCCAAGAAAGCUGCUGCAGCUGAGAGCCACUGAGCUGAGCCAGCAGGAAAGGACAGGUAGUGACCACCUCGUCUGCCUUCACUACUGAAAUUGGUAGUUCUUUCUCAGAGCUCUCACAGAACUGUUGUGCUAUUCUCCCUUGUAAAAUUAAGAGAUGUGGUUCCACUCGUCUAUGCUGAAGAAAAUGGUAGAAAGUUAUAUUUAGUCAGAAUUCCAACCAGAUGCUCCAGAUUUAGAACAUUUUUUCUAUUUUGAGCAAAACAAAUUUUACUAAAUGGUAUGUGUCACUGUUGUACUUUAGAGGCAUUAUAACUGCAGCUUUAAUACUGAUGCCAAAAUGAGGAAAAAAAACCCCAUGAAAGGUAUUUUUCAUGUUGCUGGAUGUUCUCCAUAUUUUAGUGUGAUGAAGUAUUGAUGCCCGUUUACAGUCAAGCUUCCUCCUGACUUCACAGGGGUAGGAUUUCUUCUGUCAUACCUCAGUUUUACUACUCUGCUCUUGUCUAACACCAGGAACUUUUUUUAGCUGCUUACACCUGAGAUCAGGUGGGCUUUUUCCUCCCCUAAAGAAAAAAUACUCCAAUUAAAAAGACAGAAUUGCUGUGACAGUGUUUCCAAUAUCAGGGGAUUAAAGCUGGGCAAAUACUGAGUGGAGUAAGUAAUAAGUAAUGGUUUUGUACAAAUCUACCAAAUCUUAAAACCAUAGAAAUAUUCAGCACUCUCCCAGAACAGGAAAUUAUAUAAUGGAAUAAACAAUUUGUUUUGCCUUAUGGUCGUGACAGCUUUAUCAAGAGCAGAUUUUUACAUUUUGAAAUUAGCAUUCAGAGUUUAAAUCAGAAGUGCCAGCCUUAAGUAAAGAUUUUAUGGAAGCCUUGGAUACAUGUGCAAGUCAAAACAAAAUUAUUUUUCAAAUCAUAUUAGUUUUUUAAUUAAAUUAAUGACUUUUAAAUCUAAUAUAUAAAAAAUCCUAAAUGAACAUCCAUAUUAGGGUUUGGAGUAGCUAAACAUCCUAGAUUUUAGUUGAUUGCCUAACACAGGUUUCUAAUAAACCUCAGGUAUCCUCCUAGUUACUUUUGUGUCACUCAGAUUCUUGUGCACUAAAAGCAGAAUCUGAGGACCUGUGUGUCUUCUGCAAUAUUUUGAAAAGGCUAAAGACAAAGUAUUGUAUCAGAUAGCAAUUAUGCUGCCCUUUUAAAAUUGCAAGAACAGCAUUUAUAUGUCUAUAUGAAAAUUAUAUGCAGUGAGGGAAAGGAAUCCAGGUAUUAAAAAUUAUUUGCUCAAGCAUAUGAAUAAGUCUUCUCAUCCUUUUUUAAAAAAAUCUUUCCCUUCUUUUUUCCCCUUUUUUUUAAGUACGCAGAUUUAUAUUACAGCUACCUUUGCAUCUAUUUUGUAUUAAGAAUUAAAAGUGAUUUUAGCAGCAUAAGCUACUAUUCAACAAGAAGUUGUGUUCUGGUUGCUAUAAUUUCCUGCAAGACUUAAAUUGAAAAAAUAAUUCCUUUUACUGUCAGUCUGAUUGCAGUGUGCACAGAAACAUAACAUCCUGCUGCUUAUGUAUGCUGUACAACCUGGUAUAUUUCAAUGUUUUCCAGCAACAAUAUAAUUGAUGUUUGUAUCAGGCUGUGGCCACAAAGGAGAAUGUUAGUGUGUUUCCAUUAUGAAUGUAGAAGACAGCUAUAUUUUGGAAUAAUUAGAUAUAUGUGACUUAAGAGCAGAAACUGCAAGUAUGUCUGGCUUCUAAACACUGCAACUUGUCAAUAAAUCUGUUACUUGAUGUCAGAGUUCUGAGCUGUGAUGUGGUGUGUGAGAGGGUUAUGUGUGCAUGUCAAGGUUUACAGCAGAUGUGAGUUUCUGAGAGAUUUGGUAACGUGGCUCUUGGUUUCAGUCCUGGUAUUUCUUGAAUCCAUCCUUGAUCCUUUACAAGUAGGUGGAGCACUUCUUAAUUGGUGUCCAUCCAAAGAUACCUCCAUACUAGAAGUGUGCCACAUUCUCAUCUACUUACUAAAUACAAUUUUUUUAAUUAAUUCUUCAAACAUUCAAGAAUUUGAUCUUAGGGCAGUUUUACAGUUCUGUUUAUAGUCAAUGUUCUUGCACUCUUUCUCAUUUUCAUCAUAAAAGUCCUGCUUCCCUUUUUAUAAUGGUUCUGCUUUCCCCUAGAUUUGAACACAACAUAUCUGUUUUAAAUAAGAAAUUGCUCAAAAUUGCUGCCUAGAAAAGGCUCUCUGUUACAAAUCUAAUACAUAGAACACCUUUGAUUACCAACCAAUACCACAUUCUCCGAGAAUUACUGCUACAGUAUUGUGACUGCUGAUAUCAUGCCCAUUAGUCUACCGAGUCUGUGAUGGUUAAUAAACAAAGAGGCUAGGAAUGAAAUACAGGAUAUAAUAUUUUGGUUCUAAAUCACUUGGUACUUCUGGAAGCCAAUAAUAGACUUUGAAUUGUUUUAGAAAGUUAAGUAACCCUUUUAUCUGGUAAAUGCUUGCUUUCACCAAGGAGCACUGGCACGUGUUGAAUGGUUGACAAGCUGAUGUUCUGUCAAUAGGUGAUAUAUUCCUAUGUGUUUUUCUGGUAGUUAGAAACAGCUUUGCUUUAAAGAAGUGGUCACUAGUGCAAUGACUUCCUUUAUUUUGAAGGUGGAUUAGUUUGGGAUGAAUCUCUUGGAAGAUAAAAACAUCUAUUGAACAAGUCUAGAGGAAUGUCCAGUGAAAGAUUGGAUCUUCUUCUAGGACUAAUCUCAAAAUAAUUGUCAUAAUAAACGGGGAUGGAUGUAACACUUAGUUUUCUAGUACAAAAUUUUAGUACUUUUUUAUUUCAAUAAUGAUCCUUCUCUCAUAAAGCUCUAGACCUUUUAAAGAUACAUUCCUAGGUGCAAACCCAUGAGAAGAUUGCCCUCUAGGGGACAUUCUUUGGUUUGUUUUUUUUUUUUUAAUAUAAGGUUGUGGGAGGGAGGAUUAUUUGUUUCUCCUGAUCCCAUCUUUAUUUUCUGUUUUUACACUGCGUGUCUUCUAGGAGAAGGAAAUCUCACGGAAAAAGGUACUGAAAUAUCCUGUACUCUGUUGGCAAUCACUUUAACUGUCUCCACACAUUACAUUGUUUUUACUUUUUCCUUGCUGGUCUACAGGAUACAAGGCAACACAUAAAUAAGAGGCACAGUUGGACUGUAUCUGUGUUAGGACUGGACCAAUGUGCUUGACCCCGUUCACUGCCACCCCAUGAUUAAGGGGCCAAGAAGUUUGCUUAAAGGCCUGCCCCAACUUCACUGCUGUUCUUUCUGUAUAACUUCAGUCUUUGCACUGUAGCAUAAAACUAUUUCACUUGGUUUGCUGUGCUGCCUGAAAACUUGAUUCAUACCUUGGUUUCCAGCACAGUUUCACCUGGCAUUUACUGAUGCUUUAAAGCUAUCAGUGUGGAACAGCUCAUGAUCAAAAAGAGGAAAAGAAACAUAAUUAUUGGAUAAGGACAUCCCAUAAGGAAAACAGGUAAAUACAGCAAAUUUUUAAUAAAUCUAUAUUCCAGUUAUCAAACUGGACUAUUGAACUUCUGUAUUGAACCACUGUGCUAUUGAACUUCUAAGAAAUUUUGUUGUCAACAGAGGCACAAAAUGUUCAAUCAAUUCAAACAUACUUUGUUUUACUCCCAUUCUUGCUACUGCCAUGUGGUACACAUCAGGUCUCUAGAAAUAGAAAGUUCAUCAGCCCUUCCUAACUCAGUAGUUUCUUGCUGUGAAUCUGAACACAGCAUCCCAAAUUAAUUUCUACUCUUAUUAUAGGAUCAGAAAGAAUUUUACCAAGCUCUUCAUUUUCAUAUUACCUCUGCAAACUUCACUAUCUAUUCUUCAUAUUUAACUUUUUUUACCAGUGGGGUAUUGAACAGUUUACAGAAUGAGAAAACUGCAUGUGAAAAACUGUCAAAGAAUGAUCUUUCUGUGGUUUGCUGUGUGUGUGGGGAUGCAGUGUUAUGUCCCACAUUGCUGCUGCAGCUCUAGUUUGCAGAAGUGCUGCAUUUUGAGAGGGUUUUUUUUGUUGUUUUUCCUCACAGUCCUGCUUGUUUUCCUGACUUAUUGAUCAUGAGGUAAAAUCAGUGUCUUCCUUGUUGUUUGUUUAGUUUGGCCUCUGCCACAGAUAAUAAAAGUGGUGUCAUAUAUUGAUCAUUACUUUUAAACAGGAUCAGGAAGGGUUUCUGGUAGGGCAAAAAGCUUGAUUAAAUUAAGUCCAUAGUCUAUUCACUCUGGCAAAAAAAAAUCAUGGUUUAAAAGGCUUUAUAUAAAAUGAAAAAAAAAUUAUAAGUGCUUUUAAGUGUCCUGCUGAGUACUUGUAUAUACUUGUGUAGCCCAACCUCUUCCUUUCUAAUUGCCUAAUUUUAAAAAGUAACAAUUCAAGAAAUAUUUUAGAACUCCCCUAUGAUGUUAUAAAGUGCACUGCAAAAUUAAUUUGACAAUAAUAGUCUUGUAUAUAAAUAAGUUUAUUUUUCACUAUCAGGGUGGGAAAAAUAGACAGGAAAGUGAAAUCUGUGGGGAACUUACAGAAUGCUUGCAUUGCUGAAUUUCAUGUAAUAAGAUUUCACAAUCACUCACAGCAAAAUAUUAU